UUAAACGUGUGUUUUUGUUGUCGUUUGUGUAUUAAAGUAAUUGCUUUGCAAUAAAUAGUAAAUAAACAUUAUGAAUUUAAUUGUGACAAAAUAUAAAUCAGUCAUUCAAUUUGAUCAAUAGUUCAUAUUACUCAAGUUUCAAGUUGAUAUAUAACUAAAACAUCAUUGUUAAUCACGUCCAUAUAAUUUAACCUUAAAACUCUGAAGACGAACUGCUUCAUCAAACAACUAAAUAAAUAGUUGAAGAAAUCCAUCAGGUGAAAGAAUACUUAUUUAAAAAUGUAUUCAAUUUGUAAAAGUACGCAUCCUGCCACAGGUGUGGAACAUGCAAUAACAUGUUACUUUUUUAAUCGAACUGAAAAAAAUCUUGUUGUUGCCGGCGCCAAUAUCAUCAGAGUCUUUAGAUUAAUUCCAGAUGUAGAUCCAUCAAAAAGAGACAAAGUUUCGGAUAUACGAUCUCCAAAAAUGAAAUUAGAACGCUUAGCUCAAUACGUUCUUCAUGGAAACAUAAUGUCACUACAAGCAGUAAGUUUACUUGGGUCUCAGAGAGAUUCUCUGCUUCUUAGCUUUAGAGAUGCUAAAUUAUCAGUAGUAGAAUACGACAUAGAAACUCAUGAUCUACGAACUGUAUCUCUACAUUAUUUUGAAGAAGAAGAAAUGAGAGAUGGUUGGACUAAUCACCAUCACAUUCCUAUUGUGCGGGUAGAUCCUGAAGGAAGAUGCGCUGUAAUGUUAAUUUAUGGUCGAAAACUGGUAGUAUUACCUUUUAGAAAAGAUCCUACUAUUGAUGAUGGUGAUUUAUUAGAAUCUGCCAAACCAAAUUCGCACAAAACACCCAUUUUAUCUUCAUACAUGAUAGUUCUCAAGAAUUUAGAAGAAAAAAUGGAUAAUAUAAUAGACUUACAAUUUCUUUAUGGUUAUUAUGAACCUACACUAUUAAUUUUAUAUGAACCAGUAAGAACAUUUGCCGGAAGGAUAGCUGUGAGACAAGAUACAUGUGCUAUGGUUGCUAUAUCAUUGAAUAUUCAGCAAAGAGUCCAUCCAAUUAUAUGGUCUGUUUCUAAUCUUCCAUUUGACUGUUAUCAAGCUGUUCCUGUCAAGAAACCUCUUGGUGGAACUCUUAUCAUGGCUGUAAAUUCUUUAAUUUAUCUCAACCAAAGUAUUCCACCGUAUGGAGUUGCUCUAAAUAGUUUAACAGAUACCAGUACUAACUUUCCGUUAAAAGCUCAGGAAGGAGCUAAAAUGAGUCUUGAAGGAAGUCAGGUAGCAUUUAUCUCAUCAGAUCGUCUUGUAAUUUCAUUAAAAACUGGAGAACUAUAUGUUUUAUCUUUAUUCGCUGAUAGUAUGAGAUCAGUUCGUGGUUUUCAUUUUGAUAAAGCUGCUGCUAGUGUUCUAACUUCCUGUGUUUGUUUAUGUGAAGAAAAUUACUUAUUUUUAGGAUCUCGGCUAGGAAAUUCUUUACUACUACGAUUUACUGAAAAAGAGUUAGAAAGUUCUUCACCAAUUAUCGAUGUUCCUAUGUCUGAUGAUAAUGAUACAGGUGAGACUCCUGCUAAAAAAAUAAAACAAGACUUUUUAGCAGACUGGAUGGCUUCUGAUGUACUAGACAUUAAAGAUCCUGAAGAGCUUGAAGUUUAUGGUAGUGAAACUCAAACUUCAGUUCAAAUCACUUCAUAUAUUUUUGAAGUUUGUGAUUCUCUUCUUAACAUUGGACCUUGUGGUCAAAUUUCCAUGGGAGAGCCAGCAUUUUUAUCAGAAGAAUUCUCUAAUAAUGCAGUUCACGACGUCGAACUUGUAACAACUUCAGGUUAUGGAAAAAAUGGAGCACUUUGUGUUCUUCAGCGUUCAAUUCGGCCUCAGGUCGUAACAACAUUCGAAUUACCUAGGUGCCAAGAUAUGUGGACAGUAAUCGGAUCUUCAAACUAUGAUCAUGGCAAAGAGGUUGAAGGAGUUCAUGCUUUUUUGAUUUUAAGUCACGAAGACUCAACUAUGAUCCUACAAACUGGUCAAGAAAUUAAUGAAGUUGAUCACAGUGGAUUUAGUACCCAAAGUACAACAGUUUUUGCUGGAAAUCUUGGAGCUAAUAGAUAUAUCGUUCAAGUAACACAAAUGGGCGUAAGACUUCUGCAAGGAACUGAACAGAUUCAGCAUAUGCCAAUGGAUUUAGGCUGCCCAAUUAUUUAUGCAAGCGCUGCUGAUCCUUAUGUAGUUCUCCUUGCUGAAGAUGGCCAAGUGAUUCUGCUAACUCUUCGAGAAGGAAGAUCAUCACCCCGGCUUCAUGCUGAGCAAGCAAACCUUCUCUUUCGGCCUCAAAUAGACACUUUAUGUGCAUACAGAGAUGUCAGUGGUCUUUUUUCUACUUAUUUACCUGAUGAUCAAGAGACAGAUAAUGUCCAAGAAGAGCAGCAAGUUGAAGAACCUUCAACAGUUACUAAUGUUGACAACGAAGACGAUCUACUUUACGGAGACGCACCAGCAUUUCAGAUGCCAACACUACCACCUCAAAAGGUCAUAGAAACAACAACUAAAAAAAAUCCUUGGUGGCAAAAGUAUUUUCAAGAAAUAAAACCGACUUAUUGGUUGCUGGUUUAUCGAGACAGUGGAACUUUAGAAAUUUAUUCGCUACCAGAUCUUCACCUUUCUUAUCUUAUUCGUAAUUUUGGACUUGGUCAAUCCGUUUUACAUGAUAGUAUGGAGUCCACAACCCUUAUAACUCCUCAAACAAAUGAAAUACCUAAUCCAGAACUGCAAGUGAGAGAAAUUCUAAUGGUAGCUUUAGGUCAUCAUGGGAAUCGACCAAUGCUUUUAGUACGUUUAGACGCUGAAAUCCAAAUUUAUCAGGCUUAUAGAUAUCCAAAAGGACACUUGAAAUUAAGAUUCAAAAAGAUCGACCAUGAUAUUAUUCCUGGACAAACGAUGCCUAAACCUAAAGAAGAAGAUAUGCACCAUGGGACAGAAACGAGAAUUUCUAUGCUACGAUACUUUAGUAAUAUCGCAGGUUAUAAUGGAGUUUUUAUUUGUGGAGAUUAUCCUCAUUGGUUAUUUUUAACAAGUCGUGGAGAAUUAAGAGCUCAUCCAAUGAAUAUCGAUGGUCCAAUAACAUCAUUUGCAGCUUUUAAUAAUAUCAACUGUCCUCAAGGUUUUCUUUACUUCAAUAGAAAAGAAGAAUUAAGGAUCUGUGUUCUUCCAACACAUCUAUCGUAUGAUGCUCCUUGGCCUGUAAGAAAAGUUCCUCUUCGUUGCACACCUCAUUUUGUUACUUAUCAUGUUGAGAGCAAGACUUAUUGUGUAGUCAUGAGUAGUUCUGAACCUUUUAAAAGCUACUACAGAUUUAAUGGCGAAGAUAAAGAAUUAACUGAAGAAGAAAAAUCUGAUAGAUAUUUAUUUCCUAUUCAAGAACAGUUUAGCAUCGUUUUAUUUUCUCCAGUCUCCUGGGAGACUAUUCCAAAUACAAGAAUUGAGCUGGACCAGUGGGAGCAUGUAACUUGUCUGAAAAAUGUAUCUCUUGCUUAUGAAGGUACCAGAUCAGGUCUAAAAGGAUAUAUCGUCGUUGGAACAAAUUAUAAUUAUGGAGAAGAUAUCACUAGUAGAGGCAGAAUAAAGAUUUUUGAUAUUAUUGAAGUGGUUCCUGAACCUGGCCAACCUUUGACAAAAAAUAAAUUCAAACAAAUAUAUGAUAAAGAACAAAAAGGUCCUAUUACAGCUAUUUCUCAAGUUUCUGGCUUCUUAGUCUCAGCUGUUGGCCAAAAAAUUUAUAUCUGGCAAUUGAAAGAUAAUGAUCUGAUUGGUGUUGCUUUUAUUGAUACUCAGAUUUAUAUUCAUCAGAUGCUGAGUAUCAAAAGUCUUAUUUUGAUAGCUGAUGUUUAUAAAUCUAUCAGUUUGUUAAGAUUUCAAGAAGAAUACAGAACAUUGUCACUUGUCAGUAGAGACUUUAGACCUGCUGAAGUAUAUACGAUUGAAUAUUUGAUUGAUAAUACAAACCUUGGAUUCUUAGUUGGCGAUGGGGAAAGUAAUUUAUCACUUUUCAUGUAUCAACCAGAGUCAAGAGAAAGUUUAGGAGGACAAAAAUUAAUGAGGAAAGCUGAUUUUCAUCUUGGACAGAAAGUUAAUACAUUGUUUAGAAUUAAAUGUAGAACACAUGAUUGGGCUGAUCCAAAUAAAAGUUUCCCUGGAGCUGAUAAAAGACAUGUUACUUGUUAUGCUACUUUAGAUGGCAGCCUUGGAUACAUUCUUCCUGUUCCUGAGAAAACUUACAGAAGAUUGCUUAUGUUGCAAAACGUUCUUAUAUCUCACAUUUGCCAUAUUGCUGGAUUGAAUCCAAAAGCAUUUAGAACUUAUAAAAGUCAUGUUAAAAUGCAUGGAAAUCCUGCACGAGGUAUUAUUGAUGGAGAUCUUAUUUGGAAAUUUUUACAGCUUCCUAAUAAUGAGAAAGUGGAAGUCGCAAAAAAAAUUGGAACACGUCCUGCUGAAAUUGUAGAUGAAUUAAUUGAAAUUGAUCGACAAUCAGCACACUUUUAAUUUUUUUUUUAUACUUCAGAAAAUGUAAAUACAAAAUGUAAAUAUUUAAAUAUUAAUUUAUGCAAUGUGUAAAUGAUUAAAUAUUUAUGUUAACGAUAGUCGGUUGUCAUAUAUUUUAUCAAUUCGUACACAAAUUUUGUAAUGAUAAAUGGUGACGAUUGAACUAAUCUUCAAAUGGCUGGUAAAAUACCAUUAUGAAGAUUUUCCAUUGUAUAUUUUUUAAUAUACUGAACUACUUUUUGUAAAAUAACUGAUAAUGUUCGUGAAUUAAGUAA